AUGAACAAAUAUCCUAUUUCUGAUGAUGAUGAUGAUGAUUUUGAUCGUCCAUCAUCACUUUUACAAACACAACGUUUUUCAAAGCCUGGUACUGUUGGUAACAAAAAUUUUACUACACCACAAACAAAAUCAAAAUAUAAUGAAGGAUCAAGUUUUAAAAUAAAUUUAAAUCAAAUUAAUGAUGAUGAUGAAGAUAGUUUAAAUGAUUCUGAUGAUGAUACAAAUACUAAGACAGGUCGAAGUUCAUCAAGUAUUACAACAAGUCAAUUAACACCUAAACCAAAAGAACGUUCAUUUCUUAGAAAAGAUGCAGAAAAACCAAAAAUAAAACCACGCCAUACUGAUAUUGGUGAUGAUGAUGAUGAUGAUGAUGAUGAUGAUAGUGAUGAUGAACGAAAUGUAUUUGGUAAAACAAAAACAAAAAUAGAACCAAGUCCAAGACAUCAAAUAUUAACAUCACGUGAAGAAGAACAAAGAAAUCAAACAUUUGCACAAACUUUUAUCAAUAAAGAAAAAAGACGAUCACCAACAGAUAUAUUUUCAACUGAUCGUAUAUCUGAUACCCGAAAAAAAAGUACAACCUUUGCAAAUGAUCGUGACGAAAAGAAACGGACAGAUAGUGAUGAUGAAAGCCUUUCAAGUAGACAAUCAAAACAUAAGGAUUUUGCAAAAUCUCGACAUUCGCCAACAAGUAUUGAUCAAAAACAAAAAUAUAGUAGUCGAAGUAAAGAAUCAAUGGAUCACAGUGAUAAUGAUGAUGGUUUUUCUAAAACACAAUCACAACGACAAGAUUUUAGAAAAGAAAAACAAUCAUCUCAUGAUUCAGUACAGAAUACUGAUUCGCAUGUUAUUCAACAUCAAUCGUCAUCAAGUCGACCUGGUUCAGCAAGUAAAAAAGAAAUUGACUCUGCUCGACGUUCAUCAUAUUGUGAAGAUCAAGAUUCAGCUAUUCCUCCAACAACAACAAAUCAACAACCUCAAUCACGACCAACAUCAGCUAAAUUAAGUACAACACGUCAACAAACUCAAUCAGCUAUUGAUACUGUUACUUCUGCUAAUGUUCCACCUACACUUGAUCCUCUAACAUCAAACAAUGAAGCGCUUGCUGCUACGCUUCAACCUGCAUUACCACCAUCACCUCCUCCUCGUUCUUCUGCAAAACUUCCACCUAGACCAAAAUCAAGUUCAAAUAAAACAACAACACUAGGAGGUAUUAAUAAAAAGCAAACAUUUAAAGUUCCAUCUCGUUAUCAAGAAAUUACAUCACGUGUUGAUAAUGGUCGAAAACCAUCUUCUACAACGGAUUUAACACGGUCUGUUGAACGUGCACUUCAAAAAGAACUUCAGUCACAAACAUUACCAAGACCACAAAGUGCUCGUUCAAGAAAACAAUCCGCAAAUAGCAAUCAUAGUGGAAGUCAACGACGUCGAUCAUUAUCAGGUUAUGAACAUGUUCAACCACGUAUUAAUACAAAUCGUUCAAUAAAUUUUGAUGAAUUAGAUACAAGUCGAUUACGUAAUGAUUCAAGUCAAUCAAUAAAAGAUGCUGUUUAUUUAGAAUGGUUAAAAAAUAAAGAAGAUAGAAGAAAACUUGAAAAACAAGAAUCAAAACGUUGGCAAGAAGAAAAAGCUAAACUUGUUGAUAAAUCUACAGUUGAACGUAGAAUUCGUCAAGAUGCACAAAAACUUGAACGAUGGCGUCAAGAGAAAGAAAAAGAACUCAUUGAGAGAAAACGAAUAGAAAAUGAAAAAAUACGUGAACAAAAAGAAGAACAAAAACGAAAAUCCCUGCAAAAAAAAGAUGAUUCUAAAGCUGGUUAUGAACAAUGGAAAGCACAAAAAGAUGAAGUAUUACAAGAACAAAUUUACGAACAACGUAAUAAAAAGAAUGAAAUUGAACAACGACAAGAAGAAAAACAAAAGAAAGUUUUAGAAGCUGAAAAAGCUUAUGAAAAAUGGAUGAAUAAAAAAAGUGAUCAAACAAAAAAAGUCAGCGAAACAAAAAAACAUGUUCGACAAGAUCAAUUAAAAAACCUUCGUGAAAAUGAAGAAACAAAAUUUCUUAGUGCACAAGAAGCUUAUGAAAAAUGGCUUCAAGAUAAAGAAAAAUACGAAAUUGAAGAAAAAAUUAAUACAACACGACGAAAUUCUCUUACAAAUAAACAACAACCAGCACCAUUUUUACCGGGUGGUUCUCAAAAAAAUACAGGAAAAAUUCGACAUGUUGUUUGGUAA